AUGGAACCGAUGACGCUGGGUAGCCCAAGCGGCAGUUCUCUUUCCGGUGUGACCGGUGCCGGAACUGGUUAUUUACCAUCCUUUCUCAUGGGAGAUCCACCUACCACGCCGCGUCCGACCACGCUAUCGCCGACUCGGGGUCGAACCUCACUUGCCUAUUCGCACGGAUUGAUGGGAUCACCGUCGGACGGGUUGCGGUCCCCGACGAUGCUACACCAGCAGCAGCAACAACAGCAGCACCCUCAUCAGCAGCAGCAGCAUCAUCAUCAUCAUCAACAGCUGUCUUCCUCCUUCAUGCAUCCGCAUACACCCCCAAGCCAUCACGUUACACACUCUCAGCGAUAUCUGCACAAUCCCCAACCGGCGCAGGGUGCCAACUUGACGAACCACUUCCGCAAUGAAUCUUUCGAUGCAAACUCCAGCAUCACUGGGCCACCGACGCAAGGGUUGUUUGAUUCAUGGCGGAAGGAGAAACAGUUGAUGCAAACACCGAUCCGUGCAAGCAAUGAACGAACCACCGGUGGCAAUCCGGCAGAUCAAACGGCCCCACAAAACCAACCCUUCAACGAAUCCUUGCUAAACCAGAGCGGAUUUAACCUGUCGCGCGUAAUGUCACCAAUACCGAUAGCGACGGACUACAAUCGAAACGCGAGCAUUAGCUCUUCGCCAACACCUUCGCCCUUUGGCGCACAAACACAGGUACAGCAGGCGGCCAAAUCGUGCAAUUGGGUGACGGUGUUUGGCUUUCCGCAAAAUGCUGCGUCCAAAAUUCUGUCCCACUUUAUCGGCAUCGGUACGAUCGUGGACAAGCAGGCACCGUCACCGCAGAACGGGAACUGGGUGCAUCUGCGCUACAGCUCGCGGUUAGAGUGUGACCGUGCGCUCAACUACAACGGACGCAUAAUAAGCCAGGGUUUGAUGAUCGGGGUACAGUACUGUAACGAUCCGGCCAUCGUCGGGAAGGAGAACGAAGGCAACGAGAACAACGAUACGACCCAGCCAACGAUUUCGUCACCGGAUAAACCGCUUUGGCGUGUCCGUUCGCUAAUGAAUAUGUCGUACACGGCGAUGCAGGACCCGCAGGCUGUCAUUUCGACACCACCAGUACAGAAGCGUGGCACCGGGAUCGUUAAUAAAGCGAUGGAUCUAUUCUUCGGAUGGUAA